CGCGGAAGAAACCGAUUAGAUCGUCGCGGGAGGCAGCAGUUGGUGGGUGCUUUGCGGACCUUGCGUGUCUCCUUGGGAUCGCUGCUAAUGGGAAUCAAGCCGGCCCAGCUAGGCCCAAUGUCAAAGUCGACCUCAGGAAUGUUCUUUCCGUCGACGUAGAACGCUGUUCCAGAAAACGAUCUACAUCAUUCACUCGCUCCACAUGCGACGAUAACGCACCCGACGCCCGGGGAUCGGUAAACGUGAUGUUCUUGACACCGGCGGUGGCAGCCAGUGCAGUGGGCCGCGUGAAACGCUCUGCUGACGCUGCCUGGAGCUGCUGCAUGUACGCUUUUGACGGGAACGAGUCUCGGGCGCUGGCGUUGCCCACGAGCGCGGCGGCGCUCAAGAGAGCGGAGAGUCCCAGUGCGAGAAACAUGUCGUCUCCUGGUGGGCGAAGGAACGAAGGGUCCUACUUAUAGCCGUAGUAUUUAUGCUAUCGGAGCAGAGGGAUCGUCACCAUGUGGCACAAAGGCUGGCGAUGCGUCGAGAGACACCAGCAACAGGUAGCGAAUUCGCAUGGAUGGGCUCUUCGAAACGGUGUCCCGAGCUUCGAUCGCAUGCUGCGAGUCACUACCAACAACUCUAACCCGGAAGCCGGGACGUCAUCGGCCAGUUGAACCCGCCCAGAUAUUAUAUCGACGGUAAAGACGGCAGAACACAUUGUCGAACGAAAUAUUCAUGGAACCGGUUGUCCGGCGUUAACUCGGGGUGGAACGUCGUGAGCAGGUGCUGGCCCUGGCGCAGUGCUACGAUCGUGCGUGGGUCGUGUGCGUCAGCGACCAGAUCAGGAUCCGGAAGCAGAUGGGUAGGAAGACGGGCGAUAACGGAAAUGUCUGCUUCGGCAGCAACAGACAGAAUGACCUAGAAAGGCAGAUUGCCGGUCAAGAAGUGAUUUGGAGCAGGAAGCUGGGAGCCCCACCGGCGCUCGAAUAAAGAUCCCCGUAAAAGGACUGGGUUCGCGGCUGGCAUCUCCCGCCGACAUCCCUUCGAUCUGCAAAGCCGCCUCAAACGACUCGCCCUGGGUCCCCCAUCCGUUCCUCGCAAUGUCAACCGAUGCCCCACCGAACAGCUCUUGACCCUCCUUCUUCGCGCCAGUGACCGACCGAGAGAGUAAGAUGGCGCCUGCACAUGUGCCCCACACUGGCUUUGUGCGGAUAAACUCCUUCAACGGCUCUAUCAGACCUGCGAGUCUAGCCAACAGCGCUAUAGUCGUGGAUUCUGUGCACACGCAGGCUGAUUAAGCGGACGGGAAGAUAGAUGAGACACGUCAUGUACACACCACCCCCAGGAAUGAUCAGAGCGUCGCAGCGUGCGAGGUCAUCCGCGGUUUUGACGAGAAGGGUCGAGAGCUGGCGUUUGGCACUCCGGACGCUUUUGAUGCGCGUUUGAUGUUCGGCGAAAGCGCCUUGCAAAGCUGUUUGCUAGAGUCGGGACAUGUGCUCGGGUGCAUGUUGACAAGGCUUGCCUAGGAUACCGAUCGUGGCCAUGAGCGUCGAGUUCGAGAAGGAGAUGUGGUCGAACCAUUUGCACGAUCAAUCGACACGCCGCCGCGGCCAACUUGACUUCCUCCACAUCGAUAAUCUCAUCGAAGUUUCACGGUCUGAGUGAGUGCGAGUUCGAAUGUCGCGUCCAAUCCGCCGGCCAGGCAACCUGGUGUCUGCUUCGGUCUCUUCAGCCGUCCUUCGUACCAAGCGUACCCCCGAGGGCUGUCUUUGGGGUCACUCUCUCGACGACUUUUUCAUCGCGAAGUCGGAUCAAUCGGAAGGAUACUCCUGGAGCGACGUGUGGAACACGAGCCUUUUUGAGGAGUUGAGCGUUUCAGAAAGGUCGGACGACGCUCACUGUAUGAAGAUUUGUGCUCCGUGGCCCAUGGCGGAUGCAGAGCGCAGUAGGAUCUUGAAUGAGGAAGGCAGCUAUUUCGACACCGCCAGGUUCCCCAAACUCGAAGAACGCAUCUCUCAUUCACAUCUCCCAAAUCUACUGCAUGUGCACGAUCCAGAUGCGCGGGUCGGACAGAAUCAAGGGGUCCUGGUCUAUAAACGUCUUCUGCCGGAAGUCGGGAAAGAGCAAAACCCCGGGCAUCUCUAUCUCACUCGCAGCUCACGCGUCGGAUGCGGUCACCACUCGAACGUGUAUCACGCCGUCUUUCAAUUCGAUUCCACCGCCGCACGGGUAGUUGCGAAAGUCUCCGUCGCUAGGACUGAGGCACGCGGGUUUCUGGAUCAUGAAGCAUGCCUCUACGCGUCGCCCGCUUCGUUUCCAGAGUUCUUGAGCGAUGCGUAUUCUGGAUACGCUCUCGUGCCGGGUAUCAAGUACCCCGUGCCCGUCGGUGCCGUCGUACCCAAGUUCUACGGAUUCUACGUCCCAGAAACGGGAUAUUCGGUUGACGAUGCCACUCAGCCUAGCCCGAUCAUGUUGCUGGAGGAUUGCGGGACGCCGAUUGAGCCUCAGAGUCUUUCACACGACGAAAAAGCGGAAUGUUUCUCGCUGUUUCUCAGGCUACAUAUGUCUGGUAUCCUCCAGCGCUCUCCAUUCAGGAAGAACAUUCUCGUGCAACCGGGCCCGCUGACGCUCCCUCCCGCGGAACGAUCGCUGACGACGCCCAGUUUCCGGGUCAUUGAUUUCGGGAGAGCCCUGGACCGGUCACAAGCACGCCACCAGCGAGACUGGCUGGAUGAGAGGGACCAGGAGGUCCGCGAUGUACAGAAGGUGCUGAAGAUUGAGAGGCAUUCCAUGGCCUGAUUUCCCCUGUCCUGCUCUCUUAGGAUGGGGGUUGCGAGCAUGGCAAUCGUAAUACAACUAAGACAGCUUGCAAAUUUUACAUUCACUUGAGAACCAGUCAC